AUGUCCUCACUUCCUCUCGUCAGCGGCACCCGUGCUAUUCCACUCAUAUCAACACAUCAAAGAGUCUCCAACGACUCUACUUCGGGCCACACACACGACGAUGAUCCCCUUGACGCCUCGAAAGAUGCACGCCAAAUUGUGAGAAUAGCUCAGUGCCCGAAAUGCUCGUACCCAUUACAAGAACCAGUUACUCUACCCUGCGGCAACACUCUCUGCCGAACAUGCAUUCCUACUGCAAAUUUGCGCCAAACUACAUCAUUUUCCUUCCCACCGAACAGAAACUACGAAUUCUCUUGUCCAUUUCCAAAUUGUGCACUCAAUCAUUCUACCGAAGAGUGUAAUGUUAAUGUUGUACUCAAUAAAAUCAUAAUUCUAGUCAGGCAUGAAAUGGAAAAGGCAAAGGGAUGGGCUGAGGCUUCAAAAGUUAUUGUACAGCUACAAGAAAGAAAUACCUGGUCAGAUACAUCUUCUACUCUACCGCUUGCACGGACUCAGGUACUACCCGGUGGUCGACUUCUCGCGACGUAUACUAUGGCAGAAUUAGGAGAACUUUCAUAUGAUUCGGAUGUCUCAUACGCAUCAGUUUCUGGGAAUACUGAGCAAUCGGAAACUAUCGAUAGGACGAUUCUUCAUCAUCUCAAAAAAGCUAUAAGAGGAGAGCUAGACUGUCACGUCUGCUAUGGCGUUUUCCUCAACCCAUUCACGACAACAUGUGGUCAUACAUUCUGCCGAACCUGUUUACGACGAGUUUUUGAUCAUUCGGAUCUUUGUCCUAUAUGCCGGGCACCUCAGAAAAUACCGCACGGGGUCUCUUCGUCAGAGACACCCUCCAUAAUACUCAGUAAACUCCUCAAUGGUUUAUGUCCCGAGGCUCUUAUCGCGCGUGCUGAAAUAGCAAAGAAUGAAGAAAAAUUAGGGUCUGACGAUAUGGAAGUGCCAGUUUUCAUCUGUACACUUUCCUUUCCAAGUAUGCCGACUUUCCUCCACAUAUUUGAACCAAGGUAUCGUCUUAUGAUUAGACGAGCAGUCGAAAGUGGCGACAGAAACUUCGGCAUGCUCCUCUACAAUCAAAAAAAAGAACCACAAGGCGAGCAUGGCCAGGUUGAUUUCUACGAGUAUGGCACACUAUUACAUAUUGUCAAUGUGCACAACUUAUCUGAUGGUCGUAGUCUCACCGAGACGAUAGGACUAUCCCGGUUUAAGGUGAUGAAGCACGGUGUUAAAGAUGAUUACAUGAUAGCCAAAGUCAAACUUGUCGAGGACGUUCCAUUGGCGGUAGAGGACGCCUUAGAGGCGCAUGAAAUUUCGGUAUCGGAAUCACCUAAUCACAGUCGAGAGUUGAGCUUGGGAGAAAAUAUGUUACCAAGAUAUGGCACUCAGUCAUCUGAUACUCAGGCAACAUCAUAUAUUGAAAGGAGAUCAACUCGGGAACUAUUCAACUUGAGCGUCAACUUUGUCAAAAAAAUGCGGGAACAAUCGGCGCCUUGGCUGCAAACUCGGGUCUUUGAGGUUUAUGGUGAAUUCCCUCAAGAUCCAAGUCUCUUCCCAUGGUGGUUUGCCAGUGUCUUACCAAUAUCGGAUACUGAGAAAUACAAGCUACUCUCUACCGUAAGUGUACGAGAACGACUCAAGAUUUGUGCAGACUGGGUUACAAAAAUCGAGAGCCAGAGAUGGUAUGUAUGUCAUUUCUCUCAUUAG